AUGAGUGGAAACCAGUCCGUCUGCACCACGUUCACGUUUGUGGCGUUCUCCUCUCUGGAAGAGUUACAGCCUGUGCUCUUUGUUGUGUUCUUAACCAUUUACUUGUUCACGGUGGGAGGAAACCUCCUCAUCAUCUGCUUGAUCGGGGCCACCCCUUCCCUGCACACGCCGAUGUAUUUCUUCCUGGUCAACCUCUCCUUUCUGGAGCUGUGCUACAUCACCAGCGUGGUGCCUCAGAUGCUGGUGCACCUGCUGGUGGAGACCAAGACCAUCAGUGUGGGAGGCUGUGCAGCUCAGAUGUACGUAUUUACCAUCCUGGGACUGACAGAGUGCUGCCUGCUAGCAGCCAUGGCUUAUGACCGCUUUGUAGCCAUCUGUCACCCCCUGCAUUACACUCUGCUGAUGGGCCCUCCCGUGUGUCUGAAAUUGGCCGCAGCAUCGUGGACCACCGGGGUCGUGGUGGAGUCAGCCCAGACCACGUGGAUCUUCACUCUGCCCUUCUGCGGAACAGGAGAGAUUCAGCACUUUUUUUGCGACAUCAUGCCUGUCGUGAGACUGGCUUGUGUUGACACGUCCCACAAUGAGAUUGUGCUGUUCGCUGUGUCCGCGCUCUUCAUCAUGAGUCCCUGCCUCCUCAUCCUGUGCUCCUGCGCGCGCGUUCUGCUGACCAUCUUGGGAAUCCCUUCGGCCGCCGGCAGACGCAGAGCUUCCUCCACUCGCUGCUCUCACGUCCUGGUUGUUUCUCUCUUCUAUGGCACCGCCCUGUUCGCGUACCUCCAGCCGAAGGCUGCGCACUCUCCGCAAGCAGACAAAGCCGCUGCGCUCCUGUACACGGUGGUCACGCCUGCUCUGAAUCCCGUCAUCUACGCCUUGAGGAACCAGGACGUGAAGGGAGCCUUUCAGAGACUAACACGAAGGAGCCCUUUCAGACAAAUGGCCUGA